AAUUAAUAUGCAAUUGACUAUCAUUUCAAAAUAUAGUAUUUAUCCAUUACAUACUAUAUUAUUUGGCUUUGCGUUAUCAAUGAAGUAAACAAACAUCCAAAUUUGGCAAAGUUAUUAAUGUUCUGCUAUGAAAAAAGGCUAGCAGCUAUUAAUGUUCUGACAUGCUUCUGGAUGAUGAGUUUGGAUGGCAUAAUCGGAAGAGGGUGGCAUCUCAACUUGCAGAUCUCUUGGCAUGGUUGCAUCGAAGGAGGAUUGCAGUUGGCUCAGUUGAAGGUUCAUGUAUUAUAAAGGAAAUGAAUAUAAAGGUGCUUGGAUUUGGCUGUGUUUCUCGUGACAUAGAUGAAGAUUCUAAACUUCCAGUGAGUAAAGCUUAUCAUAGAGAGGCUUAUGAAGUUGUAUUUGGAGGUGUAAGAAUGAUGAAAUCUGAUGUUUUUGUAUUCGGGAUUCUAGUAGUGGAG